AUGACAACAAAGUCACGGAGAAAUCGCACGAGACCGGAGACAGACGUGGGCUUCCGGUUGCUAGAUAGUGCCAACAUCAACAACUACUAUUUAAGUGUAGUUAAUUAUGAGCCACCAGAGCCACCCAGGGCACCCGAGCCAUACAAGCUCGCAUCGUCGACGAUGGCACGUGCACACAGAAAAUCGAGUUUUGUUAUACUCGCUGAGACUGAUGAGGGGGAAACCAAAUCGCCGAGUGAUUCGCCGAUUCACGGGGGACGCACGAGAUCGGGAAGAUCUAGGAGUCCGUUGUCACCUAGCAGGGGGAUUAGGACGGGGAGGGCUUCGCCGUUUCGUCCGAGGGGGUUUAAAGGACCACCACCACACGCUCAAUCCAGACCUCCGACGCCCCCACCACCCACACGGCGGCGGAGAUUCGUUCAACCAAAGUCACUUUCACAAGGCAACAGUCCACGAAAACAAUCGCUGAUACCGCAGCCGCGUGGUGGUCUAACAACAAUGAAGUCGAAAAAUCCGAAGCCAGAGCGCGAGAGGUGGGAGCGCCGAGGAAGUAGAAAGUUCACUCACUUGCCCCGCACAAGCUCCCUGAAGACGCCCCAGCCGGUGAGGCGCCCACUGAUCGAGGCUGUUCGUCCUUCGAAGGAGAAGCCUCCCAAGGCCACGACAAAAUUGCCGAAACAGGCGAUUAAGUCUCCCACCAAAAUCCCCAUUCGGAACCCAACCAACUCCGUUAACAACCGUUUCGUGAAGGUUGCCCACGAUAAUAACUCAAAAAUUAAAAAGCCGGGCGCGUCUCCGGGACAGCAGGACCAGCCAUCAACCCCUAACGUCCCGUUAUCGAUGACGAACGUUUCGAAUCCCCCGGAUUCGUCGCCCCUCAUCACCGACGAGUCAGUGGUGAUGGGCAGGCUCUCUGGACACAGCGACGAUAGUAUUAGGGGACCGAGGGAGGAGGACGAGGAGUUGGGGCUAGUGGACUUGCUGAAGCAGUCGUCGGGGGCGAGUGGCACCUCGAGUGUCGUCAAUGCCACGACGACAACAGCCGUCCAACCCCUGAGGAUCGACGCUGCGACCAUUCUCCCCGAGCCCCAGGUCCCCCCGGAGAGGAAGAGCCCUGUCGCCCCUGCGCCUGCCCCCAAUCCCGCCAAGAGAGAGACUCCCUCGUCGGUAGAGAGGAGAGAAGUCGAGAGGAGUCAGACUGUCACUGCCGUGGCUUCAGUUGAGCCAGUGAAAGAGGAAUCAGUCCCGCAACCCCAGCCGUCGAAAGCUCCCAAGCCGACGACCUCCAAGGACGAGGUCAAGCUCGACAGAGACGAAACGAGAAAUAAGCCUGUCGAGGUCGAGGCUCUGCGGCCCGCCAACCCCCAAGAUACGGGCGUUGUAAUUGAUGAGAGCCAGAGGACGUCGAAAGCUGGGUCGACAGCCCAGUCCAAGGCGGGAUUGAAACCCCAGUCCAACAGGACGAGUCCUCGCAGCGCGGGAGGGGGGGAGAGGGAACAGGGGAUGAGGGAGAGGGAGAGGAGCGACGUUCAGGUGUCCACAACUGCCAAAGAGAAAUUGGGGAAUCACGGGAGUGAGGCGUCGUUGAAGUCCUCGAAGUCGAACGGACUGUCCACGGGCUCCGCGGAGAGCAUCCGCUCGACGGACACGGGAGUGAGCUUGAAUACAGUCAGAGGGGUGCACGGGGUGUCGUCGGCCAGGGAGAAGAGGGGAACGCACACGGUGAAACGACCGGAUGAGAUUGAAACGCUCAGUGGGAAUGUCAUGCAUCUGGAGAGGGAGAGGAGAGCGGAGAAUGGAGAACCUGCUAUUGUGGAGGCGAGUGGACCAGUGAUGACGGGGCAGCAGGAGAAGCUCACGAGGGUGGGACGGUUCAGGAAGUGGAAGAGUUCGGUGAUUGAGCGGUGGCGGCAACGCUGGAGGUCCGCCAGGAUGGGGUGUCUUGGGGGGCGCAAGGGGAAGAUUAAACAGCAGAUGCAGGGGAGCAAUUUGGGACGGACCAGUGGACGCAGCAAUCCAGGGGGUAAUGAGCUCAGCAGGUGUGCUAGGUUUAGGGCCACUUUCUGCAGGGGCUUCAGGUGGGGCUCGAAGGUAGGGCCGUCAGAAGCCAACACCUGCUGUCGGCCUGAGGGUACUUGUGGAUUUUUGUGCUACUGCAAUUGGUGCAGACUGCCGAGGUGCGAGUGCUGUCGACGGUGCAACUGCUGCAGGCGAUCCAGUGAUGAUGAACGAUCGAAAAAUAUACGUGCCAAACACAGUCUGACCAGUGUUGCACCUCCACCACUUUCAGAGGCGCAGAAGUCUAAGCUUCCGGAUGUCCUUGUGGAGCACAACUCAGUGAUGCGAGGGGCAAUUCCGUGUCUUCCGGUGCCACUAGCAUGGUUCUGCCUCGUUUGGAACGUUCUCCUACCAGGAACUGGUACUGUUUGGAGCGGUCUGUUUAAUUUAUGCGUCGGACAGCCUCGUUUCGCCCAGACUGCCAGUGGAAAGAGUCGAUUCGGCGCUCUGAUUGUCAACAUCAUUGUGGGAGCGAGCCAGGCUUUCACCGUAUUAUUUUGCCUCGUCGGCUGGGGGUGGAGCAUCUGGUGGGCCGUUACGAUGAUUCGCUUAGCGAGAAAGUGGAAGCGAUUCAAAGCCGCUGAGGCAACGAAUGGUGAUCCGGAGGCUCGUGGUCCAGAGGGUGUCUUACCUGCGCCUGGUGUACCCACUCAAGCACUCAGAGGCGUGGAACGGGCUCGCUGAAGCCUUCAAGGAACAAAACAACAGAACAGAACAGAACAAAACAUUUCACACUUCUUCCGUCAAGCUAUUUCUAUGCUUUUUUACGUGAAUAUAAUAUUUCUGUCGUGAAGUGGUAAAAGGAGAUUCAUUCGCAAAACCGUUUGUUCAGACCAAACAAAUUUUUUCUGAAUUCAAAAAAUCGUUAUUUGACUCGAAACAACUGCUGUACAGGAUCAGUUGACGACAGAUUAUUUGGAAAAUAUCGUGGAAAUGAAAAUAUUCAUGAGAAUUCAUCACGAGAUCUUUUUUUAGUAUCUGGUACUUUCUGUAAAAAAUCGUUUGCUCAUGGAUUUUUUUUCAAAUUUCUUCGCUUUUGAGAGAGUCAUUAAAUACUAAGAGUAAUGAAGGGGUGAAAUGAGAUGAGUCAAUUCCGCUUCGA